UUCAAGUUUCUUACUUUUUUUUAUCAUAGCUACGGAACUACUUUGAGACAUAAUCAAAUGUUCCUGGCAUGGACUUCUUUUAUGUUAUCGAAUCAUGUCGUCUACACAAGACUCUGGUGAAAGUAAUGAAAAGGGGCAUGUGGUGUGUCGUAUAUCCUGGAAUGUUGCCACAAAGUAAAAAUAUUAGCUAAUGGCUAAUUUGAAGCGUGAACAAAAUUUUGUUUCACUUUGUAAAUGGUUUCAGAGUUCAUUUCAAGAUUAUACUUUUUGGCUUGGUGGGUAUAAUUUUGUAGUAGUCAAGGCUUGUACAUGGGGAAAGAUGUUUCUCUCGGGGAAAAACAGAGGAUUUCCUAACAAAAGGAAAACUCUGGUAUUUGACUAAGAUGUUUCUGUCAUUAGAUUGGAAAUAGUGUUCAAUAUAGAAGGUAUAUAUGUUAAUAUAAAAUAUUAGGAGAUGUUAUAUUUAACGCUUCAUUUCUGUGAACCAACGAAAAUAUAAGUCAUCUACAAGUUUGGGUUCUCUUCCUUUUGGAACCUAUGUUUACAGUUUACCGACUCUGAGUUUUGAAUGAUUCUUUGGUGCUUCUGCAUGAAUAGGGUUCUCAACAUCCUUGCAAGUUUGUACAACAAAAAAAUGGUUUAUGAAUUUUAAAGAUUCUGGUCAAAGUCCUAUGGUUCUUAUAAGAGCUGUCCUUUGGUUCUUAAAAUUCAAAAGCUGAAAAUCACAUUAUUAUUUUUUUUCUUCCAAUUUUGAUGGAUUGGAAACUCUUACAUUGUUGGCUGUUAUAUACCAAUGGUUGUUCUCUUCACAAAACGUACUAACCAUUUACUUGUGUCUCAAUUUUCUUGGCAUGAAUUUGUGGUAGUGGUGGAGUUGCUAUUACAUGGAGUAGGUUCCUUUAUCGGAUGCUUUGUGUGAAUUCUCUCCUGGUUCCAAUGGACGGAUGACAACUAUGGGUGUAUAUGUGCGCGAUUUGCUGCUUGGGCAGUACUAUUUUGAUACCCUUUUCCCCCGCAUCCCUGUUCCUGUUAUGCGGCAGAUUGUUGCUAAUCUUGAGAAGAUGAAACUCCCCACCAAACUAUCUGGUAUUACUGGAGAGGCUACCCGCCAUGGAUCUGAUGACACAGCUCGUCGCCCACCUUCUGUGAAAGCUGCUCUUUCAGUUUCCUUUGGUCAACGUGCUCCACAUCGCGCUUCAACAAGGGACUCCUCACCUGUUCGUCGUACCUUACCGCCACCACCUUUUGACAAACCCAGUAGUGAUGAUCAAACGACCCGUCGCAGUCAGAGCCGUGAAUAUCCUGACAGAGAAUAUUCAGACAGGGACAGGGGAAGGGACCGGGAUCGCAAUCGGGAUAGGGACAGUGAUCGGGAUCGAGAAAGAUACAAGGAACGAGAGCGGGACCGAGACAGAGCAAGGGAUAGAGUUAGGGAUAAGGAAAGAGAGCGAGAGAGAGAUAGAGAACGAAGUUCUGAUUAUGAUCGGAGGUCCAAAUAUGGAGAGAGAGAAAGCCGAAGGGAUCCAUAUGAGAGUAGCCGCGAUGGCGGUAGGCAUUCCCGUAGGAGUAGGAGUCGGAGUCGGAGUCGCAGUAGAAGCAGGAGUGGAAGUCGGAGUUUGCAAGCGGGCAGCACACUUCAUUCGAGCCCACAGAGAGAUGUAACCAAGGAUAGAACAUCUGCAUCUAGCAACCUGGCAAAACUUAGGGAUCUUUAUGGGGAUGUAAGUGACCAAAAAGGUGAUACCAGUAUGGACAGGAUUCCCAGGGGAGAUGGUGGUGGUGAAGAGGUGAUUAGACUUGGCGGUUCUCGUUGGAAGUAGCACGGGGAGAAUCUUCUCUUGUACCUGUUAUCAGAUGUGUCAUUUGAGUCUUGUGGGCCGGAUACUGUUUUUGAUGAUCAGGAGAAGGCAGAAAAUCUUCCCAUGUGUUGUCUUUCGUUGCAGCAUGCUCAUGUCGCGAUGCUCCAUGUAUACCAGACAUUAUUUGGAACUCCAACUCCAGUCUUACAAUUGAUCCUCAUGCGCUGGUUGUUGGGCAUGAAGUUAACUUUGUAAGAGUAUGUAAUAACUCAAGUUUCACUAUCGUUUCAAGUCUCUGAAAUUUUGUAUGUGUUAAAACAUAGGUGCUGCAGCAGGGUUUAUGCUAUUUCUGUUGGAUCA